UUUGGUCCCUACAUGUUGACACCCUGGAGCUGUGCAGGCAGAGGUAGUGGGAGCAGGGUGACGGACGUGGGGACAGGGAAGCAGUGGAGCAAGGUGCGUGUGUGCCUGGAGGAGCUGCCAGGGCACAGCUGGGCUGGCUUGCAGGUGUGGGGCGCAGUGACAGGACAACGAGGAGCAAAGUUGGACGGACGGAUGGAGCGUGUGUGACCGACGGAGCAGCAGCGUUGCACGGACGGACGGACAGACGGGGAAGAGGCUCUCUGAGUGGGGAGGGCUUGCGGGCUCGUGGGUUGAGCCUACCUGAGGCAAAGGCGGUUCCGGCCCCGCUGGCCUGGUUCUGUGCCUGGCAUCGCCCCUCAGCCGCCCGGUGCCGCUCUGUCCCCGGGGCCCACGGGGGGAUCGGGCACCUGGUCUGCCAGUCUGGCUUCAGGGAGUGUCGCCCCAGGCGCCUGCUCGGUGGGCCGGUGUCUGGGCCCAGCUGCUGUCUUGGCUGAGCCCCUGGUGUGGGUCCCCGCAGUGCCCCAGCUGAGUCCUGAGAUGGAUGUGUUUGGCGGGGCCCCCCGGUUCCUUGCCUACCCCCGCACUUUCACAGUGCAGAGUGGUGCCGAUGCCAUCCUGAAGUGCCAGAUCGCGGGCGACCCACGCCCCAGCAUCAUCUGGGAGAAGGACAAAUCCCCGAUCACGCUGCUGGGCCGCUUCCAGGUUGAGGCCGAGGGGAACGUGUACAGCCUGUCGAUUUCCCAGGUGACCCCAGAGGACAGCGGGCAGUAUAUCUGCAAGGCCAAGAACACCAUCGGGGAGACCUACGCUGCUGCCACACUCAAGGUGGAGGCGGGGGAGCUGCAGCAGGAGGGAGACCCUGAGGAUGUGCCCCCCGCCUUUCUGAGCAAGCCCCUGUCCUGGCAGGUCUGCAGGGGGGAGGAUGUGGUGUUCACCUGCAGGAUCUUGGGGCAGCCUUGCCCUAUGCUGCAGUGGGAGAAGGAUGGGCGCCAGCUGUCGGAUCUCUUUGAGAGCAGCCAUUUCUCCGUGGGGAGGGAGCCGGAAGACUGGCAUUUCCUGAAGAUCUUUAGCGCCCGGCCCCCGGACGGAGGGGUCUAUGUGUGCCGGGCCCAGAACCGCUCAGGGGAGGCCCUGGCAGCAGCUGUGCUCCUGGUUGACCCCAUGGCUCGUGGGCUGCCAGACGGCCCCUUCCUGGGCUCCCCCAGGAACUGCUGGCCCCUGAGCCAUUUCAGUAAGCAGCCGGAUCAGCACGGUGACAGGAGACACUGCCAUGGGCAGCGCUCCGCGCCCUGGCCGGCCCGGCCCAAUGGCGAGGUGCCUCCCAGCGCACCCAAAGCCAAGGCGUUUGCUGUGAGCGAGGGGAAGCACGCCAAGUUCCGGUGCCACGUGACGGGCAAGCCGAAGCCCGAGAUCGUGUGGAAGAAGGACGGGAAGGUCGUUGCGCCAGACAGGAGGCACCUGGUCUACGAGGACAGGGAAGGCUACUUCAUCCUGAAAGUGCUGUACUGCAAGGCCCGGGACCAGGGGCUGUACAUCUGCACCGCCUCCAACACGGCUGGCCAGACCCUCAGUGCGGUGCAGCUCCAUGUGAGAGAGCACCGGGUGCGGUUCCAGUUGCAGCUGGAGGAUGUGGAGGUGCAGGAGUGUGAGGACGCCGUGCUGGAGUGCAAGGUGCCCCUGGAAACCAUCCCCACGUCCUGGUACCUGGAGGACAAGCAGCUGCAGUCAAGCCACAAGUAUGUGAUUGAGGAGCAGGGCCUGGUGCGACGCCUGACCAUCCGUGAUGCCCGCACUGACGACGACGGCAUCUACCUCUGCGAGAUGAAGGACAAAGGGCGCAGCAUUGCUGAGGUCUCAGUCAGAGGGGUGAUCGUGAAGCGGCUCCCACGAAAGCUGGACGUCAUGGAGGGGGAGAAUGCUGCCUUCUGUGUGGAGACCCGGGACGCUGUGGAGGGAAUCUGCUGGAGCCGGAACGGGCUGGAGCUGCGGGAGACACCGUGCACCGUGCUGAAGAGCUUUGGCAAAACCCACCUGCUGGUCCUGGUGCAUGUGACGCGGGAGGACGCUGGGGUCAUCUCCUUCAGCGUGGGGGAGUCGCAGACGUCAGCCCAGCUCCGCGUCAAAUGUGAGAGCCCCCCCGGGGGGUGGCACUUCUCUGGAGCAUGGAGCCCAUUGGUCUGUGGAUCAGGGUCCCCCUGCUGUAGGGCUGGAUUGGAGCCAGCGUCCCCUAGAGGGGAAAGGCCCAGUACCCCAUUAGGGACCUCUGGGCUUUUCGCCUUCCUCUGCAGCUUGGGCUGUGGCUCACCUGCUGGGAUCAUCUGGGCACCUCUCCCUAAUCAGGCCCCUGCCACUGCGGGGCUUGGGCUGUUGGCGGCCCCUCGGUCUCUCCUGUUUGCUGCCUGUGGCCACAGAGCCCCCCCCAGCAGCUACGUCCUGGAGCGGCAGGAGGCUAGCACGGCUGAGUGGGUGCAGUGCCUUACCACGGACCUGGCCAGCAUGGUGGAGGUGCUCGGGGAUAGCGUGCCUGCCGAGGCAGACUACUGCUUCCCGCAUCUGUGCCGUCACAAGUACGGGAGGAGCAGGCCCGUGGAAUUCCCUGGCUCUGUGCACCUUGUCCCUGUAGCCUGCGUGCGGAGAGCCCUGAAGGACGUGGCAGGUGCAGGUGGGCCAGGAUGCCAGUUCUCCCUGGAGCUCUCAGCCGUGGCAGGGAACUGGUUCCUGAACGGGGCAAAGCUGCAGGAGGAAGAGGAAGGCCAGAGCUACUGCAUAAAGCGCAGCGGGACCGAGCACUCCCUGCUGCUCCGCGGUGUGCGGCUGGCGGAGAGCGGGGCCGAGGUCACGUUUGUGUCCAGCGGCGUGCGGGACUCUGCCACUCUGCGGGUGCAAGCCCCGCAGGUGUGCAUCGCCCCGGUGCCUGAGGCCCACCGCCUCCGGGAGCUCCUGGCAGGGCUGCCCUUGCUCCUGGAGUGUGAGGUCUCCACGCCCGACGCCCCUGUGCGGUGGCUCAAGGACGGGGAGGCUGUGCCCUCGGACGACGUCGUCACCCUGCAGGCAGAGGGCUGCACCAGGAGGCUGUGUAUCCGCUCUGCCCGCCCCUCGGAUGCCGGGACAUACACGUGUGAUGCGGGCGAAGAUGCGCUGAGCUUCACAGUGACUGUGACUGAGCCGCCCGUGAGGAUCGUCAGCUCUAACGAGGACGCUGCGCACACCUACCUGGCCUCGGAGCGCGUGGUGCUGGCGUGCGAGCUGUCCCGUGCCGAUGCCCCGGUGCAGUGGUACAAGGACGGGGUGGAGGUGGAGGAGGGCGAGCGCCUGCUCCUGGAGCGCGAAGGGCCCCAUCGCAGGCUCGUCAUCCCCUCGGCCCGGCCGCAGGACACGGGGGAGUUUGUGUGCGACGCGGGCGGCGACUCCGUCUUCUACAACAUCACGGUGACAGAGCCGCCCGUGAGGAUCGUCAGCUCUAACGAGGACGCCGUGCACACCUACCUGGCCUCGGAGCGCGUGGUGCUGGCGUGCGAGCUUUCCCGUGCCGACGGCCCGGUACAGUGGUACAAGGACGGGGUGGAGGUGGAAGAGGGAGAACCCUUGCUCCUGGAGCGCGAAGGGCCCCAUCGCAGGCUCGUCAUCCCCUCGGCCCGGCCGCAGGACACGGGGGAGUUUGUGUGCGACGCGGGCGGCGACUCCGUCUUCUACAACAUCACGGUGACAGAGCCACCCGUGAGGAUCGUCAGCUCUAACGAGGACGCCGCGCACACCUACCUGGCCUCGGAGCGCGUGGUGCUGGCGUGCGAGCUGUCCCGUGCCGAUGCCCCGGUGCAGUGGUACAAGGACGGGGUGGAGGUGGAGGAGGGCGAGCUCUUGCUCCUGGAGCGCGAAGGGCCCCAUCGCAGGCUCAUCAUCCCCUCGGCCCGGACGCAGGACACGGGGGAGUUUGUGUGCGACGCGGGCGGCGACUCCGUCUUCUACAACAUCACGGUGACAGCCCCGCAGGUGCGCAUCGCCCCGGUGCCCGAGGCCCAGCGCCUCCGGGAGCUCCUGGCAGGGCUGCCCCUGCUCCUGGAGUGUGAGGUCUCUGUGCCCGACGCCCCUGUGCGGUGGCUCAAGGACGGGGAGGCUGUGCCCGCGGACGACGUCGUCACCCUGCAGGCAGAGGGCUGCACCAGGAGGCUGUGUAUCCGCUCUGCCCGCCCCUCGGAUGCCGGGACAUACACGUGUGAUGUGGGCGAGGAUGCGCUGAGCUUCACAGUGACUGUGACCGAGCCACCCGUGAGGAUUGUCAGCUCUAACGAGGACGCCGCGCACACCUACCUGGCCUCGGAGCGCGUGGUGCUGGCGUGCGAGCUUUCCCGUGCCGAUGCCCCAGUGCAGUGGUACAAGGAUGGGGUGGAGGUGGAGGAGGGCGAUUGCCUACUCCUGGAGUGCGAGGGGCCCCAUCGCAGGCUCGUCAUCCCCUCGGCCCGGCCGCAGGACACGGGGGAGCUUGUGUGCGACGCGGGCGGCGAUUCCGUCUUCUACAACAUCACGGUGACAGAGCCCCCAGUGAGGAUCCUGCACCCCCAGGAGCGCUCCCUGGAGCUGCAGGCUCUGGCGCUGCAGCGCCUGGAGCUGAGGUGUGAGCUGUCUAGCGCAGAUGCCCAGGUGUGCUGGUUCAAGGACGGGCUGGAGGUGGAUGAGACAGAGAACCUGCUGCUGCGGGCAGAGGGGGUCCAGCGCUGGCUGAUUGUCCCACAGGCCCGGGCCGAGGAUGCCGGCGAGUACAUCUGUGAGACAAGGGACGAGUCUGUCUCCUUUGACAUCAGGGUGUCAGAGCCCCCGGUGAAGAUCCUGCAGCCGCGGCGAGCUCCCCCGACCCUGAAGGCUGUCCUGGGGGAGACAGUGACUCUGGCCUGUGAGCUCUCGCGCGGGAACGUGCCAGUGCAGUGGGUUAAGGAUGGCACCAGGCUGGAGGCUGGUGGCAGCCUGAUCCUGGAGGAGGAGGGUGCCCAUCGGCGGCUGGUCAUCCCUGCAGCUGGAGUGGAGCAUUCUGGGAAGUAUGUCUGCGAUGCGGCUGAUGACACCAGGACGUUUACUGUCCAAGUGUGUGACCCUCCUGUGACGAUCCUGGGGCGGGGUGAGCUGCAGACCCACCGCCGCUGCCUGGCCGCGGAGGACCUGGUGCUGGAGGUGACGCUCUCACAUGCCCACGGAGAGGUGAAGUGGUACAAGGAUGGUGAGAAGUUGCAGGACACGGGGCGCGUGCGUCUGGAGGAGGACGGGGCGCGGCGCGCACUGGUCAUUCUGGGCAUGGAGAGCAAGGACGCAGGGGAGUAUCUGUGUGACAGCCACGACGACAGCCUCAUCUUCUGUGUCACCGUGGAAGAGCCCCCUGUGUGCAUUGUGAGGAGCAAGCGGGUCCGGAAGCAGCAGCGCCUGGUGGCCGGAGAUGACUUGGUGGUGGCCUGCGAGGUGUCUCGGCCCAGCGCUGCCGUCCGCUGGCUCAGGGACGGCCAGGAGCUGGUGGCCAGCGAACGAGUCCGGAUCGAGGACCGGGGAUCUUUCAGGCAGCUGACCAUCCGCGGGGCCCGGCCCAGCGACUCUGGCUCCUAUGUUUGUGACGCUGUCAGUGACCGAAUGGUGACGGCCGUGGUGGUGGCAGCCCCCCCCAUUCGGGUCGUGAAUAAGGAGGAGGCCAAGAUGCCCGUGGAGGUCCUGGAAGGGGAGAGCGUCACGCUGGUUGCCCGGCUCUCCCAGGAGCAGGCUCCUGUCCAGUGGCUGAAGAACAAGCGGGCGCUGCGCUCCGGGGCGCGGAUCCUCCUGGGCAGCCAGGGGCCCUCGCGCAGACUCACCAUCAAGCAGACGGAGCCGGGCGACAGCGGGACCUUCAGCUGUGACACUGGGGACGACGAGGUGCACUUCACCCUGCGAGUGAGAGAGGCUCCAGUGCUGUUUGUGAACAAGCAGGAGAAGCCGGAGAAGGUGCUGGUGCUGGAGGGGGGCAGUGCUGUGCUCUCAGCCAUUGUCUCCAAGGAGCAGGCCUCAGUGAGCUGGAGGGGCCCCCGGCAGCCCCUGGCAGCAGGGCAGCGUUGUGAGCUGCGGCGAGAGGGCCGGGUGCAGAGCCUGGUGCUGACCAACGUGGGCAAGGACGACGCCGGCCUCUACACCUGCCUCUCCCGCCAUGACCAGAUGCAGUUUGAAGUGAGCGUGAAAGAGCUGCUGGUGAAAUUUGUGCGAGGCUUGUCGGACGUGCAGGCGCACGUGGGCGAGACGGUGCUGCUGUGGUGCGAGCUGUGCAAGGCCAAGGGGCAGGUGGUGUGGCUGAAGGAUGGGCAGGAGCUGGAGCCCAGCGGCAGGUGGGAGAUCAAGGCAGAGGGGCGGGAGCGCUCCCUGGCUCUGAGCAAUGUGGGGCCUGAGGACGCCGGCGAGUACUCCUGCGAGUCCAAGGAUGACCGGACGCUGGCCACGCUGACUGUGCAGGUGCCCAGGGUGGUGGAGAUCAUCUCGGAGCUGCACAACCAGACAGUGCUGGAGGGGGAUGACGCCACCUUCAAGUGCCUGGUGUCCCCGGAUGACGUGGCCCUGACAUGGCAGCUGAACGGCCAGGCUGUCACCCCCUGCGAGCGGCUGGUGGUGACCAGGAACGGGCUGUGCCACGCCCUGACCAUCCGGCAGUGCCAGCUGGGAGACGCAGCCACCGUGACAGCCCGCGCUGAGGGCCUUGUGAGCACAGCCCGGCUGAGUGUGCAAGAGGCCCAGGUGCUGUUUGUGCGGAAGCUGCAGGACGUGGUGGCCGAGGAGCUGCAGGACGUGCUGCUGGAGGUGGAGCUGAGCCGCGAGGCUGGCGAGGUGCAGUGGCUGAAGCAGGGGGUGCUCAUCCAGCCGGGCUGCAAGUACCAGCUGCAGGAGGCCGGGUGCAGACGGGGCCUGACCAUUCGCAGCCUCAGCCCCUCGGACCGCGGCACCUACCGCUGCGAGAGCCUCCAUGACCGGACACAGGCCAAGCUGAGAGUGGAGCCCCGAAAGGUGUCUGUGCGGAAGCCACUGUCGGAUGUGGAGACCUUUGAGAAGGAGACGGCCACAUUCCAGCUGGAGCUGUCCCAUGCUGAUGUGCCCGGGAUGUGGACACGGGACGGCAUCCGGGUGAAGCCGAGCCGGACCUGCCGGGUCAGCGCCGCGGGCUGCGUGCACAGCCUGACACUGCUGGGGCUCACACUGGAGGAUUCAGGCACUGUCACCUUCACCGCUGACACCCUGCGUUCCAGCGCCCGCCUGACCGUUAGAGAGCCACCAGUUGCCAUGGUGAAGGCCCCCCGAGAUGUGGGUGUCCCUGAGACAGGGGCUGCCAGCUUCGAGUGCGAGCUGUCCCGCCCCAUUGCGGAGGUGAAGUGGUACAAGGACGGGACGGCGCUGCGAGCGGGGCCCAAGUGCCGCGUCUACUCAGUGGGCCGGCGGCGCUUUCUGCAGCUCAGCCACUGCAGCCUGGACGACGCCGGGGAGUACACGUGCGAUGCAGGCGAUUGCCGGGCCUCCGCCACGCUGCGGGUCUACGAGCGCCAGGUGCAGAUUGUGCAGGAGCUGGUGGACGUGCUUGUGCGCGAGAACGAGAACGCCGUCUUCACCUGCCAGGUGUCGCACGAGGAUGUGAAGGGCGAGUGGUUCAGAGGCGGUGAGAAAAUCAAAGUCACCAGCACUGUGAAAAUUCGGCAAGAGGGCCCCAGGCACUUCCUGCUCAUCUGCAACGUGCGCCCGGAGGACGCGGGAUGCAUCCGGUUUGUCGCCAAGGCAGCUGCCUCCGAAGCCAGCCUGCAGGUGGAGGCACUCCCUGUCCGGAUCAUCAAGCCGCUGCGCGACAAGACGGCGCUGGUGCGGCACAAGGCCACGCUGGAGUGCACGGUGUCCCAGGCGCGCGGCCGCGUGCGCUGGUUCCGCGGAGACACCGAGAUCUUCGCCAGCGACAAGUACGAGAUCUGCAACCUGGACGGCUCUCGAACCCUCAUCAUCCACCGGGUGGGGCCCGAGGACGAGGCCUCCUACACCUGCGACGCCUUUGACGACCGCUGCACCGCGCGCCUGCUGGUGGAGGGGCAUUAGGUGCUGGCAUCGGAGGAGCCUGACCGCGGCUGGACAGAUGGGUCCUGGCUGGCCACGGCGGAGGCUGCCCAUUAACCACUCCAGUGCCCCACGUUGCUGGGGGACGUCCUGCUGCCUCCCUCACCCCCUGAGCCGGGCGGUGCCCUGAGCAAGCAGGGCUGCCCGGCCCUGGGCAGGGGGUGCUCUGGGGUGACCCCCACUCCCAAUGCGGCUGAACUGACCUCCCAGUGGGACCCUACACUUCCCUGUUCCUCAGCAACAUGAGGGCAGGCCUCCAUUUCUGCUCCCCACCCCUGCACCUUGCGACAGAGGGGCUGCGGGGGGGAGCAGCUGAGGGGCCUGGCAGUGAGUCACCAGCCUGGGGACCAGGGAAAGGCCCCGCUUCUCCCCCACAAAGCCCCAUGGGGGUAUGGGCAGAAAGGAACUGGGCCGGCAAUUCUCCCUGGGGUGGGGGUGCUGAGCCCCAACAGGGGCUCCUCCAGCAGCUUCCACGCGCUUAGGUGGGGCAGCACUGGGGGGAGGGUGAGGGGGGGCUGGGACUUAACAGAGAGGAACUAUAUCCAGAUGGUGCCCUUGUGUGGGCGAGGGAGCAGGUGUCCCCUGCCCCCAGCACCCACAGACUCUCCCUCCAUCCCCCGUCCUGUACACCUCCAAAUCACCUGGCAGUGCUCCUGCUCCUGUGACAAAUUAGGAAAGUUCUUCAUGUUUUCUCUGAAUAUUGUGUGUU